CCCUGUUCUCAAUACUGAGAAGCAGAAGAUGCAUUCAUUUGGACAGGAAAAGCCUGCAAGCUGGCAUUGGAAAUGAUGGGACAAAGCAAGGAAACAGUCUGACAUGGAGGUUGUCUCCUGUAGAGAGUCCUGAGACGUCUCAGGCCGAAUGAGUCUCUCUAGCUCUCAACUCUAUCACUGAGUAUGAAAAAGUUAGGGAAUCGAGGAAGAAACUUCUCUAGGAUGACCCCUAGAAAAUGAAUAGACUCGUUCAACUGUACUGUAGCUUAGUAGACUGAAAAACAGCAUGAAUUUUAAAAGAAGAAAUUCCAAUCAUGGUUUUAUUGUUAAAGAAGUUAUGUCCCUCCUUAAGCUUCAGGCUUUUCCUCUGUAUCAUGGAAUAGACAACAGGCUGCAUCCUGUAAGAAUUCAUGGCAUAGGCAUAAAAUAUCUGAAAUUUUGCUACUUGUUUUCUGAGAUCAUAAAUACUGUCAGGAGCAUGGACUGGAAUAGGGUGACUUCCAUGCAGACAGUGCAGUAUGUGAUGACAGAAGCCCACAAAUAUGAUCAUUCAGAGGCCACAGGAUCGUCAAGCUGGGAUUUCCAGAGUUCUUUCAGAAGAGAGAAGCUGGAACAAAAGUCCCCAGAUUCUAAGACACUACAGGAAGACUCCCCUGGAGUGAGACAGAAGGUCUAUGAUUGCCAGGAAUGUGGGAAGUCUUUCCGGCAGAAAGGUAGCCUAACAUUGCAUGAGAGAAUCCACACUGGUCAGAAGCCUUUUGAGUGCACCCAGUGUGGAAAGAGCUUCAGGGCCAAAGGCAAUCUAGUUACACAUCAGCGAAUUCACACAGGAGAGAAGCCCUAUCAGUGCAAAGAGUGUGGGAAAAGCUUUAGUCAGCGAGGCAGUCUAGCUGUCCAUGAGAGACUCCACACUGGACAGAAACCCUAUGAAUGUGCCAUUUGCCAGAGAAGCUUCAGGAAUCAAAGUAACCUUGCUGUUCACCGAAGAGUUCACAGUGGUGAGAAGCCCUAUAGAUGUGACCAGUGUGGAAAAGCUUUCAGUCAGAAGGGGAGCUUAAUUGUCCACAUCCGAGUUCACACAGGUCUGAAGCCCUAUGCGUGUUCCCACUGCAGGAAGAGUUUCCACACCAGGGGGAAUUGUAUUCUGCAUGGAAAAAUCCACACAGGAGAAACACCCUAUCUCUGUGGCCAGUGUGGGAAAAGUUUCACUCAGAGAGGGAGCCUGGCUGUGCACCAGCGAAGCUGCUCACAAAGGCUUACCCUGUAACCACCCUCUUCAAAGGAAGUUCUUAGGAAUUAAGAAUACACCCUCUGUAAUCAAGAAAGUUAUCUAAUUCUAUAGGGUAAGUGGAAAUUCUUCCAGAAGGACCAGUAUUUGAUAGGACAAACUGACUUUUUCCCUUUCCCCCAAAUGAAUAUGAAAAAUAAAUGUCUUGUUUUAUCAUUA